GGUGAAUGCGUGGCUUGUUGUGGGUUGGGCGUGGCAGCUUAUGGAGGAGGCGAGGAAGCAGAAGCAGGAGAGGAUUAGGGCGUUGAAAGAGGAGAUUAGACGAUGGGAUGAAGAUAUUGAGAGGUUGGAGGGGUUGAUGGAGGAGAAGCAGAUCGAGGAGCAGUUGCUGGGUCGUCGUAGAAGGACUGAGAACGAAGGUGGUGAGGCGAAGAAGAUGGUGGUCGAACACGGAGAGAUUAGGUUGGCGAAGGUCGGGACUCCGAUGGGUACGAGGAGACGUGGUCUUGGGGCAGCGAAGCAGAGGGAGCCUUCUCCUCUCUCCGGAUUGCGAUUUUGAGAGCAUUGCUUCGAUGAGGGAGGAUACAGGUACUUUACACACAGUGGCAUGGCUGAUUAUUUUGGGGAAACUUGACUGGGGCUGGAACAUAGUCACGAGCGUCACUGAAUUGGGACUGGAAUGAUUUGAUGAUUUCAAAUUCUGAAAACCAGCUAUUGUCACCAGAAGUCUCUUCUAGAAAGAAGAGCCAGAGAGCCAAGCCAAUAAAAAUAACAC